UUCCCUGAAGUUCCCACCGUUCUCACGGUUCUGGAUUAAAGGAUAUUCUUUUUAGUUUCUAUAGAAUAUAUUCAGUGAGAUGUCUGGAGAUGAAAGUAAGUGUGAACUAUGUGGUAAAGUUCAGUGGAAAUACAAAUGCCCUAGAUGUGGUAGAAAAACCUGUUGUCUGGCCUGUGUGAAACAACAUAAAGAAGAAACGGGGUGUAAUGGUGUCCGUGACAAGACGGCCUUCGUAAAGAUGAAAGACAUGAAUGACAUGCAUCUUCUCAGUGAUUAUCGUAUGUUGGAGGACAUAGAUAGAGCUGUAGACAACCAUAACAGAGACCCACUAAGGAGGCAGGGAGUUAACGGAGUUGUCAAUAAUCUGAAAAAGUUUGCAGAGAAAAAAGGAAUUAAAGUCCGGUUUCUUCCAUAUCCCAUGUCAAAGAGGAAAAACAAUUCCACCAGACUCACUGGCUACAGGAAGGGACAGUUUCUGUGGCAUUUAGAAAUUAUCUUUCCUCAGUCUGAAGUCAAAUACACAGAGAAAAGAGUACAUGAAGAUACUUGCCUAUAUGACCUUCUGAAGACCUUCAUUCAUCCCACAGAAUCAGACCCUGUUAAAAGACAGAUGUUAAAGGCCUACAGCAGUACACCUAUAGAAGACUGUCAAAUUCUGAUGCAGGAAGGGGGACUCCCAGCCAAUAUCAGGAGAUUUCAUAAACUAGAUCAGAAUAAGUCUUUGUGUGAGAACCUGAAAGGUAAAGAAUUUAUAGAGUAUCCUACACUUCACAUUGUUCUGCCGGAUAGUGUUGAUAAAUACCCACUGACAUUGGCUACAUAGUGGAAGUCAUGUGAAAAGGAUAGAACUGGACACAAUUUUUCUUUAAAAAAAAAAACCAAGCAGGACAUUAUGCUUAUUCAAAUUAUUUCUUUCACAAAGUAUCUGUGUGGAUAAGAUCGUGCUAUUUAUAAAAUGAAAAUUUUCACAGAAGUAGGGAUCAGUAGGGAAGUAAUUUGUGAACUAUUUGUUUAAAGAUAUUUAAUGUCAGUUCAAAGUUUGUUAUUCAUUUUAUAUUUCAUUAAGAUUGUCUCUUUCAUGUAAAUUUCAAUAAAUCUGUUGACCAACAAAAA